AUGAGCGCCAGGAUAACCAUCAACAUUCCCUCCAAUGAUGUUUCUUCUGUGAGAAACUUAGAUGCAACUUUAUUCCCCUGGAGUAAUACUCCAAACUUUCAAUUCGUCAACAAAUUUUUCCUCCACGACUUGGUUUUAAUUUUGAUAGUACACGUUCUGGCCAAAUUGGUUCUCUUCCCUCAAGAUAUUGGUAUCGGACAAAUUAUUCCUUCUAAUCUCGGCCUAGAUAUUCGUCCAGCCCUGAGCCCAAAUGUUGCCAACAUUGGCACUGGUUCUGGUCCAACUUUCAGUGGUGCUCGCCAAGCCCAGUGUUUAACCCGGCCAAGCUUUAGCAGUGGCCCAGCUGAUAGCCUACCCUUCCGUCAGAGCAUUACAAGCGUUCCCCAAUUUCAAAUACCCAGCAAGAGAAUUGAAGUUAUUAGUGGAAGACCUGUCUUCGGCAGUCGAGUGAACAGGGUAGAUAACUUCUUGAACCCAACUAUCACUCAGGUUAUCACUAUCGACCGCUUCGUUACUCUCACUGAACCCAGCUUCAACAGCGUAGCUGUUACUCUUACUUCCUUAAUUGUGCAAACAGUCACUACUGGAACAAGAUUGGUACUAAGCACUCCAAUUAAUGACCGCAUCGCCCUGCAAACAUCGGUGGUACUUCGGCCUUCAUCGGUCACGCUUACUGAAGUAAAAUCUGACUUCAGAAUC